AAUGAUAAAAAUCAAAAUAAUCAGCUGGGAGAAGACCAAAAAGGACGCCCAACUCAUCUAAGGGUCUUCUUAGAAUCUGGAAAUAGAAGCAGCCAGCCCGAAUUUUGAUAUAAAGCGAAUUUACUGGUUGGAGCAGAUGUAUAAACUUGGUAAAAGCACGUAAAUUUGUCCGAGUCUUGAAUCUAGCCAGGCAUAACCCAGACUUCGCAUCCCGCAGAGUCCGUCUGUCGCUGCACUGUGCCUGUGGCACAGCUACGUACAGUGCAGUGCCAAGCCCGCAAUCAGCAACAAGAUCACAAAGCUGAAUGACAGCGCACAGCCAGGACUCGGGAGACAGUGACAGUGACAGCAUCGCUCAACAACAAUAAGUGAAAUUCUUCAUCUUGUGAACAGUUUGUGAGUGAUCUUUUAUACAAAUUGAACUCUUACUGGAAUGAGACUGAGUAGGUUACAUGUACAAAGACUACAUUCAUGACCAGGAGUGGUGCGAGAUUUUUUUGUGGAGUCUAAUGCAGCUUGUCGCAGUGACCGGUGUGUCGCCACAAAAAAUGUACCUGAAAUGAUUUGAGACAUUUGAAUGGCAUUUUUAAGAUAUUUGAUGCAUUGUAGACUAGGCACCACCCACCGUCCCCAAACAAGCAGAUUAAAGGAUAAGACGUGCUUAUUAAUAAGGAGGUCCAGGACUUGUGUGUUUGUGGCUUUGUGUAAUUAUGCAAUAUGGUGAAACUGAAGGAUUUCCACAUAGUGCUCGACAACAACAAGAAUGUAUAUUCGGCAGGAGAGUUUGUCUCGGGACAUGUCGCUGUCGACCUUCGAGGGGACAUGAAAAUGCGAGGCAUCCGCAUCUACAUGCGUGGACUUGCCAAGGUACAUUGGAGUGAAUCUAGAGGUGGAGGUCACCAAACGGGAUCCUACACCAAAUAUUAUGAUGCAGAGGAGGAGUACUUCUACAUGAAACAAGUCUUAUUUGGAAAAGAUGAAGAUGAAGGUGGAAGUAAUCCCGUUCUGAGAGCAGGCCAUCAUGAACUGAGAUUUAGCUUUCAAAUCCCGUAUGGGAGAGUUGCCACAUCGUUUGAAGGAAAGUAUGGCAGGAUACGCUACUGGCUAAAGGCUGAGAUUGAUAAACCAUGGGGCUUCAAUAGCAAAACCAAGAGAGCAUUUACCGUCAUUGAUCACAUCGAUAUCAAUACACCUCAACUAUUGGCUCCACAAACAGGUUUUCAAGAAAAGACUGUAUGCUGUGGACUAUGCGUGGCAGGUAACAUUAGCAUGUCAAUAAAGACUGAUCGCAAAGGAUACUGCCCAGGAGAAUCUAUUGCCAUAUCAGCAGAGUUUCAGAACGGUUCUGCCCGGCGCAUAAAACCCCGUGCUACUCUGUAUCAAAGGACCACAUUCUUUGCCGAUGGAAAAUCGAGAUCCGUACGCAAUGCAGUAGCCGGUCUGCAAGGGAACACGAUCCGGGGACGGCGGACCGAGAACUGGAACAAUAAACUCUUGAAAAUCCCCCCAAUCACACCGACGUUGACCAACUGUGGUAUAAUAAAACUGGAAUAUUUCCUUACGAUAUGUUUAGAUAUCACCGGAGCUAUGAACCUGUAUCUUCACCUAUCCAUCGUGGUUGGUACCGUGCCUCUAAGAGCUCCGCCCUACACCCCGUUUGAUGUGCUAUCGGUAGGAAGCAGCGGUAUAGAGGUGUCUUAUCCCAGUAUCUUCCCGUCACCGUCCCUCUCGGAAGGAGAAGCACCCCCAAGCUAUGCAGAGUGCGUGUUUGGAGGAGUGGAUAUACGAGAUGACGAACCGGGCGACGCAGAGAUGACGGGGGAUCCCAUGUUCACACCGAUGUAUACUUACGUUUCUAACUACGAAUUCAGGCAACCACCACCACCCUAUUCAUUGACGGAUCCUAACGUCCAUAGUAGCGAAGAAACAACCAGACAACCGUCGCUAUGUGAGGGAGUGUCAUAGAGCCUGACCAUAGAUUCAACACGUUUUGACUGCUGGGUGAAUAUGUUUUUCGGACCAUCUCUGAACCAAGAUCGAAAUGCCAUCAUCAUUCUGCAAGUUUGUACCAAAUGAGUGCCAUGUGGGGUACCUCAGGUAUAUCAAAAGGCACGUUGUCAUCUCUGUUAUUCAGAUGAUACUUGCUUUAUUGUUCCUUGUCCUUUCAUUUAUUUGGUAGUAAUGGUCACUUCUGAGAUGAUGUUACGGUGUGAUGCUAUUGUCGCUUUUCAUCAAAGUGUUCAUAACCAAUGGAUUUACCAUUAUUUUUUACAGGUAUUUGGACAUUUUCAAAAGAAAAACUUUGCCGUCAUUGCUACUGUAAUUAUUCAGCAUUCUGCAAAAUAAAAUUGUACUUAAGAAUUAUAUUAAAAUCAUGUAAAAUAAGCCAGCAUAGUUGUAAAAUAUGAAUCACAUCAUGAGACAAAAUCUAACGGGAAGUGAUGCAAAUUAAUGAUGAUGAUUAUCAGUAUCACAGAUAACUCUUUGCAAUUAUGAGUUCUUAUGUAAUUCACUGUGGUCUCAUAUGAGAUAAACUAUGAAUCAAAUUUACUGAAUUUUUUGUUUAACCCUGCAUGAGAGAUGCAUGAAGAUAGUGACGGUGUGAAAAUAGUGAAUAGGCAUGAGUGUGAUGGUACAUCAAGCAGCAUUGGGUCAGGAUCUCUGCAACCUUGAGAAAUUUUUUAUUUAGGCAUGUACAGUAGCGACAACUAUAGAAGUACCAUGUAUAGACCAUUCACAUGGUUGGUGUCCCUUGCAUAGUAUCCCACUUUGAAACAUGUAUUACAGGAACCUAUAUAUGAAGACCACCUGCUCAUAAAGACUGCUUUUCUUGUCUCCCUUCAGUGGUCUUUCUGUACAGGUUUCAGGAUGUUAUGACUAGAUUAGCACCAUUAAUGCUUUCUUGGUAUGAGGUAUGAAGUGGAUAUUUCCACGGUGACACUCAAAAGGGACCAACAUUUUCAUGUACAGGUUUUACAACAUUUUUGCUCCGUGUUGAUGUUUCGUCUUCUCUUUGUGUUUUAUUGCAUCGUGUGAUCCCGUUACGGUAGAUUUCUGAGCAAGACUGAUUCAGAUGCAAGUGGAUAUUUUUUCUCUUUUUUCUCUGCCAGUAGAGGUUGGAGUCAGAGAUUGCUCCAAUAACAUUGCUUCUUAAUUAUGCAUGAACAUGGGUGGUCUAUUCGGGUAUUGGACUCAUGGUUGUGAGGUGGUGAGUUUGAAUCCACAUUGUAACCAAAUAAGCCCAAGAGUAAGGUAUGACUCCUAAGAAGAUCAGCCAUUAUGACUGAUUAAUAAAUUAACUGAUGUGAGAUGUUUCCCAUGUCAUUGGUGAAACCAGUUUGGCAUUGAUGCGGUGGAAAGCUGCCAGUGGUGCCAAGAUCCUGUGAGAGUUGUUUUAACAGUUGGUCCGUGAUUUGCCCAUUACAAAUCAAUUAAAAUUGAUUACAGUAGAGUGUCUAUUGUAUUGUAUUAUAGUCACUGCUUGAAGCUCCAAGAGGAGUGGAGAUGUUGCAUACAUUGUUUGUGAGCAUGCCAGGAUCUGAUGAGCAGAUUUGUCAAUUGGGUCAAUCAUUAGUAUAAAGUUUCUUCCUGAUCGUGAUCUGAAAGAGGGUUAAUUUUAUAACCUGGAAUGGGGACAUUUAACACUCUUUUGUUUCUCUUCAUAUCUGGGUCUUGUGAAUCAUGUUGUUUAAAUUUGAAAAUCGACAUCAAACACACCCUAAGAACAACUCAUUACUGAUGUUUUUUAUCUACAUGUAGACCGUUCAUUACAUUUAAAGGGGCCAGCUAGUUAACUGUCAUGGGGAAAGCAUACAUACCUUUAUUUCAGCUUAAGUUCGAUAUUUGAAUUAUCUGAAUUAAGACUGCCAUGAUAGCUCAGUCGGUAGAGCGGGGGUUUCGGAUUCCGGUGACCUGGGUUCGAUUCCCAAGUGGUGCGCUAGUGCUCUUUGGUAAGGCAUUUAUCCUCAUUACCAGGUCCCUUGGAGAGGACCUUAAGCAGUCGGUCCCCUGGUUGCUUGCUCACAGGCAUUCAUGCUUUCUUAGCAGUCAGGUAAAAAAUCUCGGUAUAAUAUAUAAACCUCGGUAUAAUAUAAUUUAUGUUUCAAAUGAUAGCGGAAUGAGAAAUCGAUCAAACAGGUGAUUGUAUGGAAAAGCAAUUACAUACAUUUACAUUUAGAGUGCUCCUGUACACAGCAGUUUUUACGUAAUCGGUGCCGAUAUACAGUGACAUCUGGGAAAGGGAAGAUAGAGCAAAAGGCAGUAGACCGACCAAACCAGGGGCUUGUUUCAUAUUAUUAAAGGACUUGUAGCUAUCGUAACUAUGUCAUUAUGGCCACCUACCAUGGUAAAUUGCAAUAUUUGUAACUGUUUAUGAAACGGAAACCCCAGGGUAACUGCAUUUUCACUUUCAAAUGUAUGAAGCAUAAUGCAGGAUGAUUUACUUUUAUUCAUAAUAAUAAUAUUAGCAGGGCCCGCUGGGAGAACAGUUUUCGGAACUGAAGUGGCUACCCUGGGUAAAUACAUGUAUACCGUUAUUAUUAUUAUUCAACGAUAAAGAGAGAUGCUAAGAGUGUAAGUAAAAUGACAAUCUGGACUUCAAUCAAAUCCAUGCUGCCUGAACUUUUAUCACAUUUUUUACGAUCUCCAUGUCCCAUGAUUUUGUCCCUUGUAAUGGAGUAUUAGUUUCAAAACAAAAUAUGUUUAGAUUAUGAAAAUUCUUGCACGAUGUCUAUAUAUAUAUAUCAUUGAAGAAAAAUACUGAAUAUUUGUUAAUUGUUGAAUCUGCCCAAAUAGGUCAGUUGGGAGAAUAAAAUAAAAAUUUUAGUAAUGUGUAUAAUAAAUGGCCAAAGUAAGCGUACAACCGAAACAGAUCUUUCUACAUAAAAUGUAUAUUGAUACCUAGAAAGAAGUGUAGAAGGUUCAAUCAAUUGAGAUGUCACAGAGUUUUGUGUCAUUUAUUUUAAUAAAAUGGCAAUCAAAUGCCAAUACCUACAUGCAUGCAUUGCACAUUGGAAGAAAUGAUAUCAGUGUUUUAACUCAACACACACUGCCAAUUUGCUUGUGUAAUUCAGAAUAAUAUUUUUCACAUGAAUGGCUUUAUCCAUUUAUGUCUUGUAGUAAAAAGUGGGUGUUUUCCUCAUAGUAUUAGAACAUACCUUGUACAACUGAUUUGAAUAAUGAAGUAAAGCCUCACUUUGACUUGGUAUGUCUUCUCACUGUUUAAAACUAAAUGAUUAAGCUUCAAAUCUAUUUAAAAAAAAUUUGAUAUUAAAAUUGAGCGCUAAAUAUUUGGUCCAGGGUUGUACAAACUUAUGACUUCAUACUUAACGAGAUUAUGACUUUGUUAGGACAAAUUAUUCAGUGCUAACUCUUUGAACAAUCUGAUUGGUCUUGAGGUUUCUGUUAACUCUGCAUGAUUUUGUGAUGCUUAAAAUACAAUUUUUUUAAUGCACCAUAAUGCAGAGCUUUAUUGUACCAUAUCUGAACGAACCUGUAGCCUUUUUGGGAAGCUUCUCUUGCUCCCUACAUGAUUUGUACUGUACCCAUAAUGAAAGCUGACUAAAGGCCAAUCAAGACAU